AUGGCGUCGGCGUGUUAAGAACUCGAGUCCAGUGUAAACCUGCGAACCGACCAACAGAGUGACCAGAAAUACCUAUUUUUGAUAUGCUUACCGUUUCCCAGAUGACCACCCUAAAACUACCUAUUUUGCAUUUAUCCAACCGAAAAUCAUAAAUUUUCUCACAAUGCUAACCGAAAAAUCAUAAAACAAUUACCCAGAUGAUUUAAUGCAUUAUACUUCAUAUAAUUCAUAUAUGGAAAUCAAGUGCGACCAGAACCAGAAGCUCAACACUAACAACUAAGGCCCGGAUCAUGUGAGUUAUUGUGCGAUUUUGUCAUACGUCGGAGUAAAAAACAUUAUUUUUGUCCGACAGCACAUUCGAUAAAAUCGCAUUUGAUUUAGCACUACCACGGUCCUAAGCGGCCGCGUGGAGCCCCGAGAAAAGUGUGUCGCCACCGCUCAGAAGAAAAUGGGUAUUUCAAUCCUUCGUUGGCUUAAAAUCCCCUAGAACUAAAAUCUGGCCACACUGCUGAGCAACGCCCGAAGUUUGACGUUUGGACCGAAAAUUCGUGUUCGCACAAUAACAUCAAGGUUUAUAGAUACAUUUUCGAAAAGCACCAUGAACGUUGGUGGUGCAUAAGUUUGGUCAAAUUUACGGGUGCCAGAAAUAAAACGUACACUCAGUCAUACUUAUUUUUUACUAAAUUUUCUAUAAAUAAUCAUUUUAUUGUACUAGAAAUGUAAUUUUCUUAUGAAUAUGUAACAAAGUAAUGCAACAAAUUCAGCAGUUCAGCUGGUAAAAUUCAAAUAGAAGGAUGACAUUUCAUUUGACCGGCUUGAAAGCGUGCCAAAACAACAAGUCGCCAUCCAAGCGCUGCUGGCGCCUCUCACGCUUCUGAUACUAAAUAAUGAAGAAAUUUGAAUAAAAAGUGAAACUUGAAAAUGCUUUCAGUCCAAAGAACGUAAAUACAUUUGCAAUGGAUAACGAAAAGCUGAAGAAAACUACCGUGAACGUCCCAACGUUGCCCUCGCCAGCACUUUGCAUCCCGGGCACCAUACACAACACGGAACCGGACGAGCAACAGGACCUCAGUAAACACCAAGGACGAACACGUUCCUUUCCCCACGAGCGUGGCAUCUGGGCCAGUUACGUCUUCAUAGACUAUGGCGACUCGGACGGUUGGCUUGAAAUGCAAAAUGAGUGCAAAACGCUGCUCAACGAUGCUACCACCACGCUGGAAUUCAAUCCAAUCGACCGGAUGCAUCUGAGUCUCACGAAAACCUUCACCAUCCGGCACCACAACAUCAACCCGUUCGUGGCGAACCUGCGGGAGCAGCUGACAGGUCGGCGACGCUUUCGGCUCGAGUUUUCCGGCGUACAGGUGUACGUGAACGAGGAACGCACUCGCACAUUCCUCGGCGUACGUGUGGCCGAGGAAUCGUACGGGGCGCUCAACGCGCUCGUCACCAGCCUGGAUGAGUGUUUGCGCGAAUACAAGCUGCCGCUGUACUACACCGAUCGGGCAUUUCAUGUCAGCAUCCUGUGGUGUUUGGGUGAUCGAGAAGCGGAAGUGCGGAAAGAGCUGCCCGCGCUCACGGCCGUGUUCGAGCGGGUGUACGAGGAGGAGUAUUGUGAUAUUAGCCAGCAAGUGAAAACACUGUGGUUCAAAUGUGGGAAUAAAUCAUUUCAUUUCGAUCUUAUUUAA